AUGCUGCGCCCCUCCACCUUCCCAGCCCCUCGAUUUUGCCCCAGGUUGGAGAAGUUCUUCUUGACCGCUCCGCACCUCCACCCCCCACCUCCCUCCACCCUACUAGAACUCAGGAUUCCCCGCCGGAGCCGCGUCUACUGCGACCCGGGCCGGGCCACACCCGCCUCGCCCUUCCGCGAGGCGGUGACCCCCCGGCAGCCGGCGGCGCGGCCACGACGGGGUUAA